AUGCUCGAGAAUCCAAGCGUAAGACUACGAAAUUCGGUAAUUUCGGGCAAACUUUCCAUAGUCAAGCGGAUCCUGAGCCGGUUCCCGGACCUUUUGACAGAAAUCGACCCUGCCAACGGGUGGUCGCUAUUGCACUACGCUUCGUACCAUGGAAAGUACCUGGUUUGCGUGCAUCUACUACAACUGGGACUCGGUAGAACUGAAAUGCUGAAAACAUUCGAAAGCAAUACGUGCGUGCACCUUGCACUUCUGGAGGGCCACGAACAAACGGCACAUCUGCUUCUGCAGCAUUUCCCUCAAUGUUUGAACAUCAAGGGCCACAGGGGCCUGACACCUGUGCAAAUGACAUGUAUGCACGACCAUCACAGGUGUCUGAGCCUUUUGCUGGGCCUGGGGGCAGAUCUUAGUAUUCGGGACGAUGAAAGCUAUACACCAUUGCAUACAUGUCUGAAACACGGCAGCGUGAAUUGCAUGCGAAUGCUGAUUCUAGAGGGCGAUCUGGCCGCAGAAGAAUGUCAGACGGUCGGAAAGUGGACUCCUGAAGACUUAUGUCUCAGCUUCCAGCUGGUAGACAUUUAUCGCAAGGCACUGCGUGACAAGCGCACCCACAGCCGGCUGCCGAAAAGACCGAGCUACCAAUCGAUGGUCUCUCCGCUAACUAUCCCGAAGCCGGUCUUCGAGAACAGCGGAUCGCCUGUUUUGAGCACGUCUCCUGCGGCUCUGUCGUUUGCUUCUCAAUUACCACCGUUGCCCGUAAUAUCAACUAGCCGGAGAACAUCGGUCGGAAGCCACCACAACAUGUUGUCGCCAAAAACACCGAUAUCGCAUACGUUUCACAGUAGUUCCCCGACCAGACGACGGCUCUCAAACUUGAGCCAUGUCAACACUGCAUCUUCGACAUCUCUGUCUCGACGUGAGCCAAGUCCCAGCGUUAGUGGGAGUUCCCGUAAUGUGCCCAAUCAGGCCAAUUUUGAGUGGUACAACAAACACAGUGUGUCCACUAUGAGCAUGGAGAGUCACAGGAACGGCCCUAAAAGCGGGACAUCGACUUCAAAAGACCUGGCAACACCAGAGGAUUCGCGGCAAUUUGAAAAAUUGGCUUCAUCAAAAGGCGAUAAAGCACAACCAAACAAAGACGUACAACUAUCGGUGCUAAAUGUUCCUGUUUCAAAAAUAAGGAAAUGA